AUGGCCCUCCACCGUGGCAUCCAAUCCGCCCUGUUCUUCUACCUAUCAUGUGCCCCUUGCACCGGCUAUUCGUAUCGCAAGAAGAGAAGAAAGGAGGCCGACCGUGAUCGCGAGGACAAACGUGCCCUUGAGAUUGAACAGCCAGGCCUCUACCGCCAUCCCAGCCCUUUCGCGACAAACGUUCACUGGCAGACAGAGAUAGACCUUGGUCCCAGUCCCGCGCCUGGCAAGCGUCGCAACGGUCAAAAGAAAGGUCGAACGAGAACAAGUGACGAGAACGCUAGCAACGUUGCCAGCAGUGUCAAUCUCGGCCUGACGCAAAACGACAGCAAUGACAGCACAUGGAACUUGCGCAAUUGGCAGCGAGAUGACGACGAGGAUGACAACUAUUGGGGAGCCAGUUAUCCUUAUAAGAGCAGUCGCCGGCCCUCGACCAAUGGCGCCAGUACCAUCAGUCGACCACUCACUGCCCGUACCGCGACCACGGACCGAUCAAAUGCAACCAGUUAUUACUCCGUCUCAAAUCCUCCGAUAAACGACCUCCAUCCUCCCAUUGUCACCCGCAUAGACACCCCAGCAGAUGCCAUGUGGAUGCUCCAACCUCCACCUCCUGCUCGACUUGCAAAGAAUGGCUCAAAAACAAACCUUGCGCGAAGCGAUAGCGGCGCUAGCAGGCCCAGCACAAGACGAGCAACAAACGAGAAUCUCUCGCGACAAGUCAGCCAACGCAUCGUCGACGAAAAGCUACGGAACGGACAAUCCCCAUCUAUGGAUAGCCUCAACCCAUCAUCAUCAACAGACGACUUGAAGCCGUCGCGACGACGCAGGCCGCCGCCGCCCAUCAAUGUCCAAGAAGACACAUCAAAUCCCCGCCACCUUAUCCCAGUCGGCCCGCCCGUGACAGAGAUACGCCAAAACAACUCACCAUCAAAAUUCCUUCUACCUCCUCAACCACUAUCUCCCGUCAUGUCACACAAUUCCCGCGAGCGUUCACGAAGCAGGAGUCGUAAGCGCAAUUCGUCUGCCGAAGACCGUAAACCCUGGCCGGAUAACAAACAGCGUCAGGAUAGUUCUCUGAAUGUCUUGCAAGAACUCGUGCCGGCCAACUCGCUCCUCAAUUCUCAGAGACUCAACAAGUCCCCUUCGUUCGAGGCGCGCAUUGAGCUCCCCACGGCCGACCAAUACGAAGAAAUGAUGCUGUUGGGUAGCGGCAAGGCCGGCUUCGACUCGUGGUAUGAAGGCAAAGAUUUUGGCACCUUCCCUCAAUGGGCCGCCGAAAGAGUUCGCCGAGAUGUGAGUCAACGUUGGAGCGUUGACUUCUAA